GAUGAGGAUGGGUCCGGGGUCUCCCCUGGCGUCCCCCUCGCUGCUGCUGCUCCUGGUGCUUCACAACGCGGCGCUCGGAGGGGCCAUGCCCUCCGCCUUCCAGCUGGCCCCCGACACGCCGGCUCCGGCAGAGCCAACCCCCACGCAGGCCACCCCACGCCUGGACCCCUGCGAGGGCCGGCCCUGCCUGAACGGGGGCUUCUGCCUGGCCCUGCACACGGAGGGCCGGCCGGAGGGGACCUGGGAGUACAGCUGCACCUGCACGCCCGACUUCACCGGACGCAACUGUGAGUUCUUCACAGACCCCUGUGCCAGCAGCCCUUGUCUCCAUGGAAACUGCAGCCGCGGCGACGGAGAGUUAGAAGGGGAGACAGCUUACACCUGCGAGUGCACCGAGGGCUACGAGGGGGAGAGGUGUGAUCAAAGCUUACCCGACCCAUCCACUGCCAACUGGGACCCGGCCACUCCGUCUGCCCCUGAGCUGGCUACACCAAUCACCUCCACCGCCUCGGCCGCCACUCAACCGCAACAGCCAACCAGCUCCCCCUCCACCUCAGCUCCAGCCCAGCCCACCCUGCAACCAUGGCAACCGAAGGCCGGGCAAAGGCUGCUUGUAGUGCUGUGGGAGGCAGAGAGGGUGACCGAGGGUCUGCACUGUGUGAGCCCGGAGCUGUGUGAGCUUACGUCCGGGACCCUGACUCUGUCCGUAGAGGUGCCUGAGGAGACUGCUGUCAAGGUGCUGGUGAACGCCAGUGGGGCUCCGGUGCUCUGGCGUGUGGGGGAGGAGGGCUUCCUCCGCUCCUCCCUGCUGGAGGGCACCAUGAUGUGGUUCCAGGAGGCCGUGGAUGGGCUGGUGGUACCAGAACACUCCCUGCCCCUGGGACAAAACUACUUCCUGAGCAUACUGCGUGUGGGCUCCCCCACUGCCCCGGAGGUGACACUGCGUCUCAACCUGACGGUGAAGGCCAGCAGCUGCGUGGAGCCAGGCAGCCGCUUCAGUGACCCACAAUGCUCUGGGAAAGGAAAGUGCAUCACGCAGCCUUCUGCGAGCACGUUCUUCUGCGAGUGUGAGGAUGGAUACACAGGCAUCUUCUGUGAGGAGUUUGACGCCUGCCACCACCGGCCGUGCCGCAACAACGCCACCUGCUCCGACGUACGGCAGGGAGACCAGGGGCGCAACUUCACAUGCGCCUGCCCUGCAGGUUAUGAGGGGGAGAGGUGCCAGUUUCUGGUGGACCACUGCCUGUCCCAGCCCUGCAAGAACGGAGCCACCUGCUUCAGCAGCCAGGCAGGACCCAGGUGCUACUGCUCUGAAGGCUACCAGGGGGCUAUGUGUGACCAGAAGGCGGACCCCUGUGCCUCCGGCCCCUGCCACAACAACGGGACCUGCUACGCCCAGGGCCCCGCAGGCUUCAGCUGCAGCUGCCCGGCCGGCUUCACGGGGCCCACCUGCUCCCAGCUGGUGGACUUCUGCGCCCUGAACCCCUGCGCCCACGGGAUCUGCCGCAGCGUGGGGAACAGCUACCGCUGCCUCUGUGUCCCGGGCUACCAUGGCCUGUACUGUGAGGAGGAGUACAAUGAGUGUCUGUCCGCCCCCUGCCAGAACUACGCCACAUGCAAGGACCUCAUCAACGCUUAUGAGUGUGUGUGCACACCGCAAUUUCAAGGAAGACACUGUGAGAUUUACAAAGACCCCUGCCUGAAGAUGCACUGCGUGAACGGAGGAAGCUGUGAGAGCACAGGCCUCAACACAUCGUGUGUGUGCCCACCAGGAUUCACAGGGGAGAGCUGCGAGGUGGAUGUCAACGAGUGUGACAGCGACCCUUGUCACCACGGCGGCACCUGCAUCGACCAAUCAAACAGCUUCACCUGCCACUGCCCCCCCGGCUGGGUGGGACCCUGCUGUGAGAUCCACCUGCAGUGGAAGCCGGCGCACCCCGACGACAACCUGACCACCAUGCCGCGCCACUCGCUGUACAUCAUCAUCGGCGCCCUGUGUGUGGCCUUCGUCCUCAUGCUCAUCAUCCUCAUCGUGGGCAUCUGCCGCAUCAGCCGCAUCGAGUACCAGGGCUCGUCCCGCCACGCCUACCAGGAGUUCUACAACUGCCGCAGCAUCGACAGCGAGUUCAGCAACGCCAUCGCGUCCAUCCGUCACGCCAGGUUCGGCAAGAAGUCAAGGCCUGCGAUGUACGACGCCACUCCUAUCACAUACGAAGACUACAGCCCUGAUGACAAGCCCCUGGUCACCCUCAUCAAAACGAAAGAUUUGUAAAACAAUACAGGGGAGCUCACAACCAGAUCCCAUCUACAGUAUAUCCACAAAAAUACAGAAUACACACGUACAACCAAAAAUAAUGUACUCAAGUAUUUCUUUAGAAGAAAAAAUAAUAAUAAAGCAGCAGAACAAAAUUGAAUGUAAAGCGGAGAAGAAAUAGAGUAAAAUAAAAAUAAAAACACAAAAGUGUAGUAAAGUAGUAGAAAAUAUGGAAUUUGAUACGUAUAUUUUCAAAGUCCAUAAUAAGGCUAUGUUGUAGCAUCAAAGUAUUCUUUGCAUUUCAUUUAGUUUGGUCGGUUAUGGCAGUCAUGCCGUCCACUUUGUUUAGGGUCUCAGCUGUGCAAUAGGAGAGCGCCUGU